CGGAAAACUGGGACUAAACAAGCUGGUGAGGAGCUCCAGAGGCCCGUCGGUUACCUGCACAGACCACGCCGACCGCUUCGCACCGGCAGGAAUGAUGCUGCCAGGAGAAGAAGAAGAGUUUGAAAGUGGAAACUAUGAGGAUGUCUUGGAAAAAUCCAACGAAUUGGAGGACUUCGGCCGUGGCAGACGUGGAUCUGGAGCUGGACUCCUGAGGGGUCCAGAUAUGGGCAGCAGCGUCUCUAUUCCUUACGAUGACGUUGACGAGGCGGCUGGAGGCCUGACGAAGGAAGGGGCCCUGGACCAGAGCGAUGGAAAGUUUUGGCCCCGUUUCCACGGGGUUACGUACGAAGUGGAGGAAGGCCAGGAGAGCUACGAUGAUGUGGACGCCUUCCCCGAGGCCAACAGGACCACGGCCGAGCUUUCAGCCUUCGCCUCCGGCCCCCCGGAGGCCGCUCGGGUC